CAGAGCACCCCGAGCGGGUGACACCCGAGCCUCCCGCGCCCGGUGCUGGGUCCGGCAGCCCCGGCGGUUCCGGUGCCGGCAGGUGCCGCUGUGGGCCGGGCGCGGCCGGGGGGCGGCGGCGGGGGCCGGGCCGGGCUCUGCGUCCCUCCCGCCGCGGCUGCCAGCGCCGCCGGCACCAUGGGCUGCUGCUGCCGCCUCCUCUUCCUCGCCCUCCUCCUCCUCCCGGCAGGACUGGGCCACGGCUCCCCGGAGUCACCCCUCAUCCCCAUCCGCCCCCCCUUGCUCUGGGGGGGCGUCCCGGUGAAACCAGACUCCAGGGAUGUCCCCACAGCGGCUCCAGGCCAGCAAGAGCUGCCCUCCUCCACGGCGCCUUCCGGAGACGCGACAUCCUCCAGGCCCCUGGACGGGGACGGCCGCAAUGCCAGCACCCCGGUGGCCGCGCUGUCCCCCGCUGCUGUCCCCGUGAGCCCCGCGGCAGAUGGCCCCUCCGUGUCCCCCAGCGCGGUGCCACCCGCUGUCCCGGCUCCCCGGACAGCGCACGCUGCCGGCCUGGCAAGGAGCACCACGGAUGAGGGAGCAACUCCCAGCCCCUCGGGCCUGGCUGUGCCAUCGCCUCCCUCAUCCCUCACCAGCAGCCAGCCCGCCUCGCCUCCCGGCACGGGCCUGUCCCCGACGCCCGUCCUGGCGAGCCCGGCCGCCACCCGGCCGCCGCUGCCGCCCGAGGACGUCCCUUCCCUGGGGACACUGGCCGUGGCAUCGAGCCUGGCCACGGAGCCGACAUCUCCACCCGGGACUGUGCUGAGCCCCGCGGAAGGCGAGGCCGAGGCCUCGGAGAAAACCACCGGGGUCACCGUGGAGGAGGUGCCGCGCGCCCUGAGCGCAGGGAGCAUCGUGGCCAUCACCGUGACGGUCAUCGUGGUGGUGGUGCUGGUGUUUGGGGCGGCCGCCUACCUCAAGAUCAGGCACUCCUCCUACGGAAGGCUUUUGGACGACCACGACUACGGCUCCUGGGGCAACUACAACAACCCUCUCUACGAUGACUCCUAGCAGGGAUGAAGCCAAAAAACCCCAAAAACCCUUAAUUUAUAAGCGCUUCUGCAGCAGAGCAUCCGCUGUCGAGGAGAUGCCGGGCACGGAGCCCCUGCCUCAGGCAGGAUUCCCACGGGUCUGGUGGAUGGCAGGAACUGGAGGGCAGUGCUGACAAUAAACCUGAAUUUUGGCCUUUGAGCGGGAAACCAGGUCCUGGGGCAGGUCAGCUGCUUGUUGUAGACAAGGGAAGCCAAAUUCCCCAGGGGGAAAGGCUGGGGAGGGCAAGGGAGAGGAUGGAGGUUCAGCCAGUGCUGUGGCAUCCUCUGAAAUGCUGCUGCUCUGCGGAUUUUGGGGGUGAGUGGGGGGCUGCUGAGCCAGAGCCAGCAGUGUGCCGGGGUCUCCUGUGCUUUCACACAUCCCUUUCCCUGAAAUCACUUCCCUGUGUUGCCCUGCUACGAAAUCUUUUGCCUUGUCUCCCCAGGAACAGCUACGAGGCUGCUCAGUCACUGCUCCCUUUCUUUUCCUGCAGGUGCUUCCAUGCACAAGCUCCUGAUUUAAUUUUUUUUCCAUUUAAUCGUGGGUGUUUUGGUCCCAAAAGCAGCCCAGGAGCCCACGGGAAGAUGCACUGACCAUCCAUUUCACACACGUGGCUGCUUGCUCCACAGCUUUGUUUCCAUUCCUCAAAAAAAAACUUGGCUGCUAAAAUA